GGGCUUCACCCCGGAGCGCGCGGCCGCGGCCAGUCCUGGCGCUGCAGGCGGGGAAACUGAGGCCCCGGGGGGCUGGGGCGGGGCCGGCCCCCCGGCGAGCCUGAGCCCCCGCCCCCGGCCGGCCCCGCCCCGGCCCGUAAGAGGUCCCCCGGGCGCGAGGCGAAAGCGCACAGCGCGGCGCCGGGGCCGGGGCCAGGACCGCGAUGGCAGCUCAGCGGCUGGGCAAGCGCGUACUGAGCAAGCUGCAGUCUCCAUCGCGGGCCCGCGGGCCUGGGGGUAGCCCCGGGGGUCUGCAGAAGCGACACGCGCGUGUCACCGUCAAGUAUGAUCGGCGGGAGCUGCAGCGGCGGCUGGACGUGGAGAAGUGGAUCGACGGGCGCUUGGAAGAGCUGUACCGCGGCAGGGAGGCAGACAUGCCUGAUGAGGUCAACAUCGAUGAACUGUUGGAACUAGAGAGUGAAGAGGAGAGAAGCCGGAAAAUCCAAGGACUCCUAAAGUCGUGCUUGAACCCCACAGAGGACUUUGUCCAGGAGCUGCUGGUGAAGCUGCGAGGCCUCCACAAGCAGCCAGGCCUCCGCCAACCCAGUCCCUCUGGUGACGGCAGCCUGAGCCCCCUCCAGGACUGUGCCCGGACCGCACCUCCCUGACCCUCUCUGGCUUCUGUGACCCCCUCCCUCCCUCUCCGUCCCCUCCAACCCCCAACACUGUCCUGGCUUGUUUGUAAGUUGUAUUUAAUGGUUCUGUAACAAUAA